CCCAGGCCAAAGGGUGGGGAGGCGGUUUCUCCUACCGCGGUUUGUUAGUCUCUGUCUGUCCCCAUCAUGACCCCGUGGGUCCCACAGGCUCGCCAUGGCCCUGCCCCGCACGCUGGGGGAGCUGCAGCUGUACCGGGUGCUGCAGCGUGCCAACCUGCUGGGCUACUACGAGACCUUCAUCCAGCAAGGGGGGGACGACGUGCAGCAGCUCUGCGAGGCGGGCGAGGAGGAGUUCCUGGAGAUCAUGGCGCUGGUGGGCAUGGCCACCAAGCCCCUGCAUGUCCGCCGCCUCCAGAAGGCCCUGCGAGAGUGGGCCUCCAACCCAGGGCUCUUCAGCCAGCCCGUCUCAGCAGUGCCUGUCAGCAGCAUCCCCCUCUUCAAGCUCUCCGAGGCCGGCGGGCGCAAAGCGCUCAGCAACGGGCACGCCAGCCCUGGUGAGGCUGCAGGCAAGGGGGGCAGCAGCGCUGGAACACCCCCAGCCUGCAGCCCCACGGAGCCUGGGGAGAAGCUGUCACCAUCAGCGGGCCCACCAUGGCCAGGGAGGAGCACCCCUGAGUCAGAGGGUGGUGGGGAUGAGGAGCCAGGGGGUCCCCCCUUCUCCCCGGGUGGGAGUGGGGGUGAGCAGCCAGUGGGCAUGGAGGUGCUGGAGCCGGAGCUGGUGCGGACGGUGGCAGAGAGCGUGGAGCGGCUGCUGCAGAGCUGCCCCCGGGGCGGCGAGGCUGAGCUGCGGGCCCUGAUGAAGCUCAACAAGAAGCUGGCUAAGGCUGUUGGGCACAUCUUCCAGCUGGAGGAUGGUGACCGGGCCAAGGAGGAGGAGAUCCGCCGGCACAGUGCGAUCUAUGGCCGCGGCGAGGCCCGGCGCCGUGAGGGCAAGCAGCUCACCCUGCACGAGGUGGGCACUACAGCUGGGUCCAUGUCGAAGGUCCGGGGGACGUUCAAGAGCAGGGGCCAGGGUGGCUCUGGAGGUGGAAGGGGCUCGGGCUCUGACCUGGGGAGGAGGCUGUGGGCUCCAGCAUGGAGAGGUGGGAGCCAGGAUCAGCUCCCACCUAGGCAGCAUCUGCCUGCCUGGAGCAGGUGCUGCCUUGGCUGUGGGGUCUCGUGGGUGCUGCUGUCCCUGCUCACACAUCAUCUCGGCCUCCAGCUCAUCAUCAACGAGGCAGCUGCCCAGUUCUGCCUGCGGGACAACUCACUGCUGCUGCGGCGCGUUGAGCUCUUCUCGCUCUCAAGGCAGGUUGCACGGGAGAGCACCUACCUGUCCUCACUCAAGGUCACCAGGGCACAUCCCGAGGAGAGCGGAGCCACAGUGGCCAAGAGGCUGAAGCAGGAGGCGGGAGAGCAGAGCCGCCCCGAGCUGCUGCCACUGCCGGGGGGACCAGAGACCCCCGGGGCUGCCUUCCGAGCCAGCCUGGAGGAGGAUACAGGCAGCCUCUCCGGGGAGAGCCUCGACGGACACUUGCAGGUGGCCGGGGCCUGUCCCCGGCUGACCCCACCGCCCGGGGUGGCCCCCGACGUGCCCCUCGGCGUACCUCCCCAUGGGCUCUGGAGCCGCCACAUCCUCCAGCAGACGCUGAUGGACGAGGGGCUUCGCCUGGCCCGGCUGGUCUCGCACGAACGCGUAGGGCGGCUCAGCCCUUGCCUGCCGGGGAAGCCCCCGGGACCAGAGUUUGAGGACGGACUGGCAGAACGGGGUGCUCCGCCCCCUCCCGAGCCCCCCCGCGGCACCAUCAAGGUAGAGCAGGAGACCAGUAGGCAGUGAGGCCCCCACAGCCCCCACCACCAUUAACAAAGCAAUAACGUGCUGGGGGACGGGUGCCGGCGGUGCUCUGGGUGCGGGAAGUGGGUGAGGGCCUGGCCACAGUCCCCCAGGGCCCAGUCCCCCCCACACCGAUGCUCUGGUUACCUCAGCCGCGGCGGGAUGUACCCCCUCCCCUCCCCCCGCAGCAGCAAUACCCUCGUCCCACUGGGCUCUGGGCUCCCGCCGCGGCUGGGAAGCCCUCGGUGGACUCGAGCCUGUACGGACCCUCCUGCCUGCACCGGGCUCCCUGGACUCCCGUCGGCUCACCCCUCGUGCUGAUCGUCCCCGCCCCCCGUCACCGCGCAGGGACACGCGCUUCACCGCCGGGAGCUGCGUGGGGCGCUGGGUGCGCCCACGGCAGCACCGCCACCCACGCCGGGCACGCAGUGCCGGUGCGCGCAGCCCCCGCAUUCCCCCGCGUCAGCCCCCGCAGAGCACAUGUGCAACUCCCCCCCAGCGCCGCGUGCAGCGUUUCGGCUGUAAAUACCCCCCGCAGCGACCACAGCUCAGCACCAGCGCCGAUGACCCCCCCCCGCAAAGACCCCCGUAGCUCCACGCACCCCCCCGCUGUCGUGCAUGGUCCCUGUGCCGCGGGGCGUCAGACGCGCCCCCUCCCAGCACAAAGCAGGCGGCGUUUGACGGGCGCUGGAGUGGGGCUGCCCCCCCGGCCUCUCGGGCUCCCUCCUGCCCCCUCCUUUCGGCGAGCCGUGCCCAAGCCCCGGGGUCCCCCAACCCCUUAGGACUGUGUGGUGUCUUUUUAGAGCAUUAGCAACUCUUCCUUUGUAAUGUGUACAGUAGAUUAUUUAUUUUGUUAUUUUGGAAUAAAACUUUAUUUUAUGGCU